AUGUUCUGCAUUUUCUGUUUUACAGGUAAACAGUGAGGGAAAUAGCAUCACAACUGAAGAAAAUUUCACUUCAUAUAUUUAUUUCAUUGGCAUACGCUUGGUGCUUCAGAUCAGGAAACAAUGAGCUGCUUUAAUCAAAUGCUGCAAAACUUGAUUAGUUUUCCUUAUUUAGAAGAAUACCUGAGCUCAGUGGUUCACCCUUGGUGGCUUCAUAAGCUUCUGAUUUUGCUUUGUUCAUUAAUAAUAGAUAUAUAUAAGGCUGGCUGUGCUUGCUCAUUUGGGCUAUAAGUUUACAUGAAGAUGAAUAAGCACCAAGAAACUGGUCCUGAUAGCAAAAUUUGGAAAAACCAAGGAAAUUUAUUGCUCAUAUUACAAAUAUAUAUGGAAAGAUAUGGCACGGUGAGUAAAAGUUUCUUUCAUAGCAAUAAUUCUUCCUUAUGAGUCACUAUAAUUUCAUAGGACUGAGGAUCAGAAUUUCAGGCUUGAAGCACUGGAACAAUAGUUGCCACAGUGAAUCAGGACUGGACCUCUGAACCCCCCUCAGAGUCACAACAGCUACAAGUUUGGGUUGGCUACAUAAGGAUCAAAACAAAGGCAUGGCUAUUUAUUUAUGUAAUAAGAAAAACAAAGCAUUUUGUGAAGUAUGAAACUAAGGUGGUUCUGUGAACUGCCCUGAGGCCUCCAGGUAUAGGGUGGUAUAUAAAUUCAAUAAAUAAAUAAUAAAAUAAAUAAAUAAGACAGAUUACAAAAGAAAGGGUCGGCUGGUAGUUGCAUAAACACUAUACAUUUAAACCACAUUUUAAGUACGCUUUUUCUCCAAAAGAAACCUGGAGAAUGUUGUUUACACCUCACAGGGACACAAUUAGCAACUAUGUACACAUGAUGGAAUAUGCCAGCAAAGGAUUUGGUGAUGGCUACUAAUUUAGAUGGACACUGCGGGAAACAGGAUAGUCUCAAAUAGAGGCCUUUGGCCUGAUCCAUAGGACUCUUUAUAUGUACUCAAUGCUUCCCACAGGUCUCAUGUUACUGUAAGUGUUGAAACAACAUAUUAAACCAUCCCAAGGGCUAAACCCCAUAUAAAAGCUUAAAGUAGACUAAAACAGCAAAACACAGUUUUAGCUCACUCAAAGACUGGGCAAAAAUGUUUCCAGCUGUGCUCAAAAGGAAGCAAGGAAGGCACAUUCCAGGAGAGGAGAAGUCCCUUCAUUCAUUAAGGGACCACCACAGAUAAAGUCUUGAUCCGUGUGGAUGACAACCUAGCAUCCAGAAUGCUGGAGCAUAUUGUCGUUGUUGUUUAGUCAUUUAGUGGUGUCCGACUCCUUGUGACCCCAUGGACCAGAGCAUGCCAGGCACUCCUGUCUUCUACUGCCUCCUGCGCUUCGGUCAGACUCAUGCUGGUAGCUUCGAGAACACUGUCCAACCAUCUCGUUUUCUGUCGUCCCCUUCUCCUUGUGCCCUCCAUCUUUCCCUCCCUUUUCCAAGGAGUCUUCUCUUCUCAUGAGGUGGCCAAAGUAUUGGAGCCUCAGCUUCAGGAUCUGUCCUUCCAGUGAGCACUCAGGGCUCUUUCCUUAAGCAUGGAUAGGUUUGAUCUUCUUGCAGUCCAUGGGACUCUCAAGAGUCUCCUCCAGCUCCAUAAUUCAAAACCAUAUAACAGAGCUUUUAACCUGAUCUUAAAUUUCAUUUUUUUUCUGAACCACACUGAUUUCCGCCAAUAAUUGCUGCGAUAUUUCUUUGUUGCAUUUUGUAUUAUUUUCAGGUUAUGAAGUUACUGGUAUAGAACAUAUCCCUAAAGGACCAGGGAUUAUUAUUUAUCAUCAUGGAGUUGCUCCUCUCGGCUAUGCCUUAUUUGUGGCUAGAUAUUUUUUAGAGACGGGGAGAGGGUGCUUUUCAUUAACUCAUCAUGUUGUGUAUUGGAUACCAGGUAAAUUAUUUAAAUUUAAAUCAUGCUUUUUUACAUAAAACAUGUAAAAUAUGACAUAAAACAAUGCUAUAAGCUAUGAAAAAAUGCUUUAAAAUAUAAAACUGUAUAUCAGGAAAGCAGGUAAAAACAACUGAUAAACAAAAUAGUAGCAAAAGGUGAAAUAGUUUAGUUAGUGCAGAUGAAGGUACUUUCACACCAAGUCUUUGCUAGUAAAAGAGAAUGAAUGCAGGAUGAAUAAUUAUUUCCAGUUCACAACUGAGUCAGCAGAAAUGGUCUCCAUGAAGAAAUGCUGUGCUUUUCUGUCUACAUUCUUCCCCAGAGAUCUAAAAACUGAGGAAUCUGGAUAAUGUGUCAUCUGAUUCCUAUGCUAUAAUAAUAAUAAUAAUAAUAAUAAUAAUAAUAAUAAUAAUAAUUUAUUAUUUAUACCCCGCCCAUCUGGCUGGGUUUCAUCAGCCUCUCUGAGUGGCUUCCAACAAAGUAUUAAAAUACUGUAGUCUGUUAAACACGAAAAGCUUCCCUAAAAACAGGGCUGCCUUCAGAUGUCUUCUAAAAGUUUGGUAGUUGUUUUUCUCUUAGACAUCUGGUGGGAGGCAUUCCACAGGGCAGGUGCCACUACCAAGAAGGCCCUCUGCCUGGUUCCCUGUAACUUGGCUUCUCACAGUGAGGGAACUGCCAGAAGGCCCUCAGCACUAGACCUCAGUGUCCGAGCAGAGCGAUGGGGAUGGAGAUGCUCCUUCAGGUAUACUGGACCAAGGCCGUUUAGGGCUUUAAACACUAUUAAUUGUGCUCUGAAACAUACUGGGAGCCAAUGUAGGUCUUUCAAGACUGGUGUUAUGUGGUCUCGGUGGACGCUCCCAGUCACCAGUCUAGCUGCCACAUUCUGAAUUAGUUGUAGUUUCCGGGUCACCUUCAGGUCACCUUCAAAGGUAGCCCCACGUAGAGCACAUUGCAGUAGUCCAAGCAGGAGAUAACUGGAGCAUGCACCACUCUGGCAAGACAGUCCACGGGCAGAUAGGAUCUCAGCCUACGUACCAGAUGGAGCUGUUAAACAGCUGCCCUGGACACAGAAUUGACCUGCACCUCCAUGGACAGCUGUGAGUCCAAAAUGACUCCCAGGCUGCACACCUGGUCCUUCAGGGACACCGUUAUCCCAUUCAGGACCAGUGAGUCCUCCACAACCACCCGUCUCCUGUCCCCCUAAAAGAGUACUUCUGUCUUGUCAGGAUUCAACCUCGAUCUGUUAGCUGCCAUCCAUCCUCCAACCACCUCCAGACGCUCACACAGGACUUUCAUCGCCUUCACUGGUUCACUGGUUGAAAGAGGUAGAGCUGGGUAUCAUCUGUAUAUUGAUGAAAACCCAACCCAAACCCCCUGAUGGCUGCAUGUAGAUGUUAAAAAGCAUGGGGGAGAGGACAGAACCCUGAGGCACCCCACAAGUGAGAGCCCAGGGGUCUGAACACUCAUCUCCUACCACCACUUGCUGAACACGGCCCAGGAGGAGGGAGCGGAACCACUGUAUAACUGUGCCCCAGCUCCCAGCCCUUCUAGACAGUCCAGAAGAUGUUAUGGUCGAUGGUAUCAAAAGCCGCUGAGAGAUCCAGCAGAACUAGGAAACAGCUCUCACCUUUGUCCCUAGCCUGCUGGAGAUCAUCGACCAGUGCGACCAAGGCAGUUUCAGUCCCAUGAUGAAGCCUGAAUCCUGACUGGAAGGGAUCCAAAUGGUCCGCUUCUUCCAGGCAUGCCUGAAGUUGUUCAGCAACCACUCGCUCAAUCACCUUGCCCAAGAGUGGAAGAUUUGAGACUGCACGAUAGUUGGCCAUAUUGGCUGGGUCUAGAGUUGUUUUUUUAAAGAAGCGGUUUAAUGACCACCUCUUUCAGCAGGUCUGGGAAGGCUCCCUCACAGAGAGAAGCAUUCACCACCCCGCAAAGCCCAUCGCCCAGCCCUUCCCAACUAGCUUUUAUAAGGAUCAAGGAGACAGGUAGUUGGUUUCACUUGUCUAAACAUCCUGUCCACAUCCUCAGAGGUAACAGAUUGGAAUUGAUCCCAUGCAACAUGACUAGACAGGACUCUAGCACUCUCCCGCCCCGGCUCUGCUCCCACGGUGGAGUCUACCUUUUCCUGAAUCUGAACGACUUUACCUGCAAAAAACUUUGCAAAAUCAUUGCAGGAGAUCAUAUGGCCCGUACUGUGCCCCGAUGGAGCAGGUGGUUCCGCUAAAUUGCAAACCACCUGAAAAAGUCUCCUGCUGCUGUUUUCUGCAGAUGCAAUAGAGGCGGUGAAGAAAGUAUUCUUCGCCGUUGCUAUCGCCACUUGGUAGACUUGAUACUGAGCUCUAACCCAUGUCCGGUCAGCUUCAGAAUGAGUUAUCCGCCACUGGCACUCUAGUCGUCUCAGCGAUUGUUUCAUUGCCCUCAGAUCCGUGGAAAACCACGGGGCUGUCCAGGCUCCAUGCAAUUGGAGAGGGCACUUCGGAGCCAAACAGUCAAUAGCCCCAGUUAACUCCACAUACCAGCGGGCCACCAGGGAAUCAGCUGAAAGGCCAUCAACAUGGGAUAAAGCAUCCCCUACCACUCUUUGGAAGCCAUUUGGAUCCAUUAAGUGGUGGGGGCAGAACAUCUGAUUCAGUCCCACUUCUCCGCAGAGGGGAAGGGUUGCGGAGAAGUCCAGUUGCACUAGGAAGUGAUCUGACCAUGGCACUUCAUUAGUUUCACUUUGACUUAGUGUCAGAUCACCAACAUCCAUAGAGGUGAACACCAGGUCUAAGGUAUGUCCGCGGCUAUAAGUUGGGCCAGACUUAUUCAGGGACAGCCCCAUAGAGGCCAUGCUUUCCACGAAGUCCUGAGUGGCCCCUUGUAAGGUCAUGUCAGCAUGGAUGUUAAAAUCCCCUAGGACAACCAAACUAGGUGUCUCCAGGAGAACAUCUGCCAUGACCUGAAGCAGCUCGGGCAGGGAAUCCUUGGUGCAGCAGGGAGGUCAGUACACCAAAAGGAAUCCUGUACUGCCCCUAUUGCCCAACUUCCAGUACAUGCACUCAGAGAACUAGGUCUUCCCAAUAGGAUGCCUGGUGCAAAUUAAUGACUUCCUAAAAAUCACUGCAAACCGCCCCUCCCCACCCACAAGGCCUGUUACACAAGCCAGGUCAAGUCCUCCAUCCAUGAUCAAGUCAUGGAUGGCAGUGGUCUUAUGCUUCAUUGACCAGGCAUUGCACAGCACCACCUUCAGGUCAAGUGGGUAUCCCUGCUGAUUCCAGUAUCAAUCUGGACAAGACCAGACCCGGAGGCAGGGAUAGUCCUCAAAUAACGACUAAACCUGCCUCCUCAGUAAUGACUACAAGCUCUCAUGUAAUAAUUGCUGCUCACUUUAAUGUCAGAAUAUGACAAGGCUUAGGCUUUGGGGUGUCUACGUUUAUGGUUUCCUCAAGUACAAAGAGUUUUGUAAAGUUCAGUCAUUAGUAAUGAUGGGAUAUUCCUUAAAGGAAAGAACAACGCAAAGUGUGGGAUUCUGCUUGGGAGCAUCUGCACUAGCAAACCAGCUGUGCAAAAUCCUCUGUAUUCAAACACCACUGGGUGGCAGCUGGGACGGGGUGGGAGCUACAGCUAAAGAAAAGGGCAGAAGCCCAAGUGAAGCUCCAAAGACAUGCUUUCACAGCAACUCCAACCUAUCACCAAAUCUGCACACAGAUCCCAGAAAACAUCGCCCCACCCAACACAUGGCCUAUCAAGCACUCCCACACACAGCUUUUAUGCCCCCAUGUGACACUGCAAUCAAACACACGUGGCACCCUUGCUGUAGUGUUCAUGGCCCUCCACUGCCACUCCCCCCACAUCAUCUUCCUCUGCACGCACACAGCAGCCACCCCAGGAAACUAUGACAUCACAGAAAGGUCAUUUGAAGGAAGGAAGGAAGGAAGGAAGGAAGGAAGGAAGGAAGGAAGGAAGGAAGGAAGGAGUCCAAAGAGGACCAAUAGCACAGAGUGCUGUUUGGAGUUCGGAGGCACUAGGCCUCUGCGAAGUGCACCCAGCCACAGGGGCGCUCGCCCGGCCCGCGCAGGGGCGCAGCUGCCUAGGCCUGGUUCCUGGUUGGACGAAGGGCCUUUUUCGGCAGCGCCUGGUGCUGCGCCGAAGCGUGGGGUGCCUCUGGCCCUGCUGGGCCUUCUUAGGCUUUCCCGAGCCCCCCAGCCCCCCCCCCCGCCGUUUUCUGAGGCCGGAUUCGGCCUUCUUUUGUCCUCGGCGGCCCUCCCUGCGAAGCGGGGAGGCCUGUUGUCUGGCGGGGCUGCAGGGAGGCAGACGCAGCCUAACUUGGGCCUGGGUGCAGGCCCGUUGUGUUCAGCCGCCUUUCCCUGCUCCGUUUUGGCGGGAACACCAUUUUCCGGGCUUCAAUUGCUCACGCAGGCCAUCUAGUGGCCGUUCUGAGCCACUGCAGCCUGUUUUAUUAUUGCUUUAUUUAGGCUCAUAAUUGCUGCCAUCUGGUGGCCGUUCUGAGCAUUGCUGCCUCCCUAAAGAAAUACUUUAGACUAUUAACUGCUGGCACUUUGUGGACAUUCUGUGCAUUGCAGCCUGUUGUUUUAUUUUAGUACAGAGAAGCUAAUUUGCUGCCAGCUAGUGGCCAAUAAAGGAAAAGGCACCUUCUGGUUAAUUGGAUGCUCCUUAAUUAAGUAGCUUACUGUUUUAUUUUGGUUCAUUUUUUGAUCGCCAGGUAUCUGGGGUGCAUUAACUUCUUUUCUCGUGUUGAUAUUUCUUUUUCUUGGUAGCCAUCAUGUCUCCGAAGAGAGUCCCAGCGCAGCCUGCCUUGACCGUUCUGCCUAAAAGGACCAUUCGGGGACCUUCUCAGUUGCUUCGAUCCCCCUCGACUGGCCAAGCCUCAGGGCGUCUGCAAUCUUUGGUUUCGAGCCUGGCAGGUGAUCCAGCUGCUUUGGCUCACUUUGCUUCUGAAGUAGAUGGCCUGAUCCAAUGCUGUAGCGCUGGGCCUAGCCAGCAACCAGCGGUGACCACUGCGGCUGCAGUUUCUUCACCUUCUGAUUCUGCAUCUAGCGAUGAAAAUGAUCUGCCCAUGUCUGGUGUUUUGUUUUCUGAUUCUCAGUUUUCUUGGAAUGCGGGCUCAGCCCCUGCAUCUAGUCACACGUCACACGCGGGAGGGCAGAACCCCUUCUCGGCGCACAACCGGGAGGGGGCGACGGGGAAAGGCCCCUUCUAGGCAUGGGGGGUCUUCUAGGCCAGGGUCAGCUUUGCAACCCUUACCUAGUACCUCCGUGGGUUCUGAUCAGUCACCUGCCACCUCUUCUCAGUCUGUCCCAGGCGCUGCACUUCAGGGUCCAGCAUCAGAGUCUUCUGAGGAGGACAGCCUACCCGUGCCUGCCAAGUCCUCUUCGGGCGGCACACGCCGCCGCAAGAAGUCUUCCGGAAAGUGUGCGAAGAGAAGGCAGAGGGACACCUCCUCUUCAUCGACAGGUACAUCUUCGCAGAGUUCAGAGUCUGAGUCAGAGGCCUCCUCAGAAUUUUAUUGGGGUCUGGGAGAAUCGGCCUCUGGUUUCCCCAAAUGGAUUUGGGAGCGGAAGGCCAAUUCCCAUCGAGCAAAAUAUGGGGCCACUCAGGAAUACUUAAAUGGGGUGUUGUUACCUGAUAUUAAGAAGUCGACUAAUUCGGCUAGGGAUGUGAUCCCAGGGUGUCACCUUUCAAAGAAGUUGAGAACUAGGAUAUUGAAUGGUCGCUAUGUCGACAUGUUCAAACUGAGCCCUCCAGUAGACAGUUCGCAGGCCCAAGAGAAGUCAGUUCUAUCCUCUAAGAAACGGGCUGCUGAUUCUAAAGUGGAUAGAACCUUCGAGCACUGGUUGGAUUGUUUCCAGGUUUUUGCCAGGAUCGUUUCAGCAUGUUAUCCCAAGAGAGCAGUUCAUUUAAUUGUCUACCAGUCUAUCAUACGUAAGGCGUUCGAAAUGGCUGCCUUUGAUUAUGAUGAAAGGCAGAAUGCUGCCUUUGAUUAUGAUGAGAAUUUCAGAAGAAGGGCAGCAAAAAUUCCCACAGCCCAAUGGGAUCGGAGGGAUUUGGAUGUAUGGACCACUUAUGUGGCCCCUCAGUUUGAAAAGAAGACCCCUGAACCUCAAAAGCCAAAAACAAGAGGUUUUAAAAAGCACUUGCAUUGCUGGGAUUACAGUAAAGGCUCUUGCCAGCGACAACCAUGUAGGUUUCCUCAUGUCUGCGAAAAAUGUGGUGGCAACCACCCGGGCUCCACUUGCUUUGGCAGCCGCCGGCCCUUUCGUGGGGGAAAGGGGGGGUCACAAGCUGCAAAAGCGGCCCCCCCUCAAGCAGCAGCUGGCGCUUCUAAGUAAGGCGGAUAUGGUUUUAGCUUAUACGCCGGUACGGCUUCCAGAAUUGGUUCAUUGGUUGCAGUUUUACCCUAACCGUGAGGCAGCUGCUUAUUUACAGGAGGGCUUUUCUUCUGGUUUUAGGAUUCCGGUAGCUACGGUCCCCGUAGCACGGAAUCCGGUUAAUCAGCAGUCAGUUAGGGAAAGGCAUGAAGUGGCACGUAAAAAGAUUGAGAAAGAAAUUGCCUUACGUCGUAUGGCAGGCCCCUUCCUGGCUCUUCCUUUCGCUAAUCUGCAUCUCUCCCCCUUGGGAACUGUUCCGAAGAAAGCCCCCGGGGAAUUUCGCCUUAUUCAUAACUUAUCACACCCCAGGGGUUCGUCAGUAAAUGACGCUAUCCCCCCGGAGCUUUCUCGGUAAAAUACGCUACUCUUGAUCAUGUGAUCAAGAUGAUCAGAAAAUUUGGGACAGGUGCCCUGCUGGCGAAAUGCGACAUUGAGUCUGCUUUUUGUUUGUUGCCAAUUAAUCCUCAGGAUUUCUGGCUUUUAGGGUUCCAGUUUGAAGGGGCAUUUUAUUUUGACAAAGCCAUGCCCAUGGGCUGCUCAAUUUCAUGCGCAGCUUUUGAGUGCUUUAGUACUUUUCUCGACUGGGCCUUGCGUUUUAAAACCGGCCUGGAUGGGGUGACCCAUUUUUUGGAUGACUUUUUACUGGCCUCGGCGAGGGACACGGGUGACUGCCUGGCCCUGCUUCAGGCUUUCGCAUCUCUUACGGAAGAGUUGGGUGUCCCAUUGGCAUCGGAUAAAACCAAGGGACCUUCCACUCAAUUGACUUAUUUAGGUCUCCAAUUGGAUACAGUUGCAUCUACAUCUCGCUUACCUGCGGACAAAUUGGUUAAUUUGCGAAGGAUAAUAGAGGAGUUGCUCCCAUUAUGUAAGGUGACAUUGCGUCAGUUGCAGUCCUUAUUAGGCCACCUUAAUUUUGCAUGCAGGGUGGUGGCUCCCGGUCGCCCAUUCUGUGCGCGCCUGGCCAGGCUUAUGGCCGGCUUGCGUGCUCCUCAUCAUUGGGUGCGGCUGUCACCUGGUGUAAAGGCGGAUUUGCAGUUAUGGCUUGAAUUCUUGAAUGAAUUCUUUUUUUUUUUUUAAUAUAAAUUUUAUUUUAUAAUACCAUACAAACAAAAAAGACAAACACAACACAUUCACACCAAAAAAAAAAUAUACAUACAUAUACAUACUCCUGACAUAAGACAACAACAAAUUAACUACAUUAACUACUUAACACACAACACUGACUGACUUCCCUUCAUCUCGGUUUCGGAAUGUGUUAUAAAAUUUUCUAUCUGCAGUUUCUUUUCCUCAAAAAAAUUCUUUACAUCACAAGUGUUAUAUCACACCUACUGUGUUUUUUAGUUUUUUUUACCUCUGUUUCCAUGUAUGCCAUGAAUUUAUUCCAAUCUUUAUUAAACUUUGUGUCUUUUUGAUUUCUUAUUUUCUGUGUCAUUUUUGCCAAUUCUAGAUAGUCGAGUAGUUUCGAUUGCCAUUCAUUUAUGGUUGGGAUUCUUGGUGUCUUCCAAUUCUGCGCUAUUAGAGUUCUGGCAGCCACUGUCGCGUACUGAAAGAGUGUUUGAUCUUCCUUUUGAUUUCCUCUCCAAUUAUCCCCAGCAAAAAGGCUUCAGGUCUCUUUAUAAAGGUAUAUUUAAAGAUUUUUUUAGUUCAUUGUAAAUAGAUUCCCAAAAUUUUCUAAUAGGCUCGCACAACCACCACAUAUGAUAAAAAUCGCCCUCCUUAAUCUUGCACUUCCAGCAUAAUUUAUGACCAGUUUUAUAUAUUUUUCCCAGUUUUACGGGCGUUACGUACCACCUGUACAUCAUUUUGUACAUAUUUUCCCUGAGUGUUGUGCAUGCCGAGAAUCUCAUACCUUUAUUCCAUAGUGCCUGCCAUUUAUCAAACUCUAUGUUAUACCCAAAGUCCAUUGCCCAUCUCACCAUUACCUCCUUUACUUCUUCAUCUUUGGUGUCCCAUUCGAGCAACAGGCUAUACAUUUUCGAUAGGAGUUUUGUUUUACUUUCUAAUAUUUCAAUCUGGAAUCUAGAUUUUUCUCACUUAUCCCAUUUUUUUAUCCUCGGUCCAGAUAGAGUUGAUUUGAUGAAAUUGGAUCCAACCUGUCAAUUUGUUCUUUAUUUCUUCAUAUGGCCUAAUCCUCCAACCGGUCUCUGUUUUUACUAAUAAAUCUUCGUAGGUCCAUCUUUCUCCUUCGAUAUUUGUUUUUUUAUUGUCAGGAUAUCGAUUGGCGAAAGCCACCAAGGGGUAUUCUGUUCCAAUAAUUUUUAUUUCUUUCCCACACCUCCAGUAAUGGCCCUCUGAAGAUAUGGUUAGAAAAUCCUUUAUGGAUCUUUCCCUUAUUACGCCAUAGGUAAGCGUGCCAACCGAAUCUUAAAUCAAAUCCUUCUAAAUCUAGCAGAUCUUUAUUUUUAUAAUAAUCCAAUCCUUGACCCAACAGAGGCAUGAGGCUUCAUAAUAUAACUUUAAAUUUGGGACUGCGAAUCCUCCUCUAUCUCUUUGGUCUGUGAGUAAUUUGAAUCUGAUUCUCGGCCUUUUCCUUGCCAGAUGAAUUUAGAAAGUAUUUUCUGCCAGCCCUUGAAUAUUGAUGUUCCCCUGAUUAUUGGUAUAUUCUGAAAUAAGAAUAGCAGUUUCGGUAAUAGACUCAUUUUUAUUGCCGCCAUUCUCCCCGACCAGGAUAGCUUUAUUCUAUUCCAGGUAUCUAAGUCCUUCCUUAUUUCUUUCCAUGCGGUUGUAUAAUUGUCUUCCAUCAAAUUAAUGUUCUUUGUCGUUAACCAGAUUCCAAGGUAUUUUACUUUUUUGGUUACUUUAAUUCCAGUCUGAGAUUCAAGGUGAUUUUUUACCUUCUCUUCUACAUUUUUAAUCAACAUUUUAGUUUUUGUUCUGUUUAGUUUAAAACCGGAUAGUUUUCCGAAUUCUUCUAACAGAUCUAACACCUUACUGACACUCUCUUCUGGAUCCUCCAAAGACAACAUAAGGUCGUCAGCAUAAGCUUUCAAUUUGUAUUCUUUCACUCCUAUUUUUAUUCCGCGUAUCUCUGAAGUUUUUCUUAUCUUAUUUGUAAUUAUCUCUAACAUCAUAAUAAACAGAAGAGGUGACAGAGGGCACCCCUGCCUAGUACCCUUCGAGAUUUCAAAGGGUUCUGUUAAGUUAUUAUUAAUAAUUAGUUUAGCACUUUGCUGUGAGUAAAUUGCUUUUAUUCCUUCCAGGAAUGUGCCCUCUAUCCCUGUCAUUUCCAAACAUUUUAUAAGAAAACGCCAGGAUACGUUAUCGAAUGCCUUUUCGGCAUCAAUAAACAGUAAAGCUGCAGGGAUUUCGUUUUUGCAUUCUAAGUACUCAAUGAUAUUUAUUGUAUGUCUUAUGUUGUCUUUUAUUUGCCUAUUGGGUAAAAAACCAGCCUGGUCGGUAUGGAUAAGAUUAACUAGGAAUUCUUGAAUGAAUUCAAUGGGGUGUCAUUAUGGCAGGACACUUUGAACCUCCAUAAUGACUUCCAAGUGCAUUCUGAUGCAGCAGGCUCUCUGGGUUUUGGGCUAUACUGGAAAGGUCGUUUGUGCGCAUUGCCCUGGCCGCCAUCGUGGCGAGGGGAGCCUAUUACGCGGGACUUAACUUUUCUUGAGUUCUUUCCCAUUGCAGUGGCAGUGCACCUGUGGGUCAAGGAAUUCAAGGACCAUCGAGUCUGUUUCUGGUCCGAUAACCAGGCCGUUGUGAACGUGUUGGCAAAACAGUCGUCCCGUUCAGCCAGGGUAUCGGCCCUUCUCAGGGCUUUUGUUUUGCAUUGCCUGCGCUUUAACAUUGUGUUUUCAGCUCGAUUCAUCCCUGGCGUUUCUAACGAAAUCGCUGAUGCUCUGUCCUGUUUUCAGAUAGAGCGGUUCAGGUCCCUUGCUCCAGUGGCGAAUCUGCUGCCAGAAAAUUUUCCGGAUCAUCUCUGGAACCUUGGCAGCAAUUAGUCUUACAGGGAGUAGCCGCGUCCAUUUCACCUUCCACUCUGCGCUCAUAUAAUCGAGCUUGGACUGACUUUUUAAAAUUUUGUCGUCAGUCUUUGUCUAUGGAGAUUGUGUCAUCUCCUUCUACUUCACAGGUGCUGCAGUAUUUGGUGCACCUUUUCCAAUUGGGUCGAGCGGCCAGAAAGCUCAGGAUCCAAGCAGCGGCCAUCUCCUUUUUCUUUAAAGCCUUCUUUAAUAAGGAUCCUUGCGCCAAAUUUGUUGUGCGCAGGGCUCUGGAAGGUUGGGGGAGGCUUGGAACUCGACCCCCUUUGGUAAGAAAGCCUAUAACUUUUGAUUUGCUUACCAGCAUGCGCUCGAAGUUGAGGAGCGUCUGCUGGUCCAGAUAUGAAGCGCUGCUUUUUUCAGCCGCCUUUUCUUUGGCCUUUUUUGGUGCCCUGAGGGUAGGUGAGGUGGUAUUGGAGGUCAUCCGGGGCAGAGAGUCUAGGGGUUUGCUUUUGCAGGACGUAACUCUAUCCCCUUCAGAGGUGGUCCUAUCUAUCCGGAAUUCAAAGACAGACCAGUUAGGCAGGGGUGCUACUCUUAGGCUCCCCGCCCGGGUAAGCCCAGUUAAGGAUACCUCCAAAUAUUUGAAUCUUAGGCCUCGGGGGGAGGGUCCCUUCUUUAUUCACGAGAAUGGUGCCCCAUUGGACAGGCAUCAAUUUGCCAAGGUAAUGCGCAAAGUGAUUGCAGCUUGCGGUUUGACGGCAGCAGAUUACGCCCCUCAUUCUUUCCGCAUUGGUGCUGCCACUUCGGCAGCUCAUUGGGGGUUGUCUGUAGAAAGAAUUAAGAACAUGGGUCGUUGGAAGUCUAAUGCGUUUCACGGCUAUGUGCAUAGCCGUCGUUGAUUGCUUGUACUUACAUUUGCUUGUCUUUCUUAGGUGUGGCGGCUGUUCGCAUUUGGAUGGUGGGCCACAGCAUUGUCCACUGGGCCAGCAUCAGAGCGAGGGAGUCUGGACUUGGACCCAGUCUUGGCCUGCCUCAUCACGUGCAGGUGUCCUGGCUGACCAGACGUGGAAUGCUGUGGGCCGAAUUGCUUCCCCUUGUUUGGAAGCACGUGAGGUUGGAAGGGCCCCCUUCAGCUAUCGUGCUCCAGUUGGGGGAAAACGAUCUGCCUGCCACAGACUGUUGUUCUUUACGCUUUACAAUUCAAAGGGACUUAGUUGAAUUGGCAGAGUUUUUACUGGGUGUGAAAGUUUUUUGGUCCCAGUUGCUGCAGAGGCGCACCUGGCGUGGCAGUCGCUGUCCAGCUGCCACUGAAGGAGCCAGAAAGCGUGUUAAUAAGGUGGCAAUGAAAACAGUCAUUGCUCAUGGUGGUUCCGUGAUUGCGCACCCCAAUAUCACCUUCAAGGAGGCCGUCCUUUUCAGGGACGAUGGUGUGCAUCUUUCCCCGUUGGGAAAUGACACAUGGUUAAAUUCUGUUGUGUUGGGUUUGAAGGUGGGGUUGCAGUUGUGAGUGGUUGGCGGCGAGCUUGAGUGCUCGGUGGCGGCUAGGCAUUGGUUUAUGGUUUGGUUGGUUGAGGGGCAUGGAUUGGCUGUGCCUGCCCCUCUAAUGCUGCUGCUGCAAGGGAUUCCGUUAAAGGAAUUGGGAGCUAACUCUUGCUUGUCCACUCUGUCAAGGGGGCUCGGGCCAUAGCAAUGAGCUCCUGGUUGCAUUUGGGGUGAGGGCAGGUUCCCUGCUCCGCGUAACCCCCAAGUGUAUUCCCCCAUUCUGACUUUCGCAUCGUGCGGAAUGUCAGUCUGUCCCCAUGGUGGGGGCAGAUAGUCGCAACCAAUGCCUACGCAACCACUCACAAAUUUGUAUUUUAAUAAAGUUGUGGCCAAAAUUAUGCCAAAAAUCUUAAACAAAAACUUCUGUGUGAUGUGUGAGUUAUUGGGGUGGCCCUGGGGACCUCGACACGCAAUAGAUCUAAAUCAUAAAAGCAUCUCUUUUUGCCUCAAUUCAAUUAAAGCAAAAUUGUCUGCCAAUAGUUCCUGAGAUGCUAUAGCUGCCGCCAGUUGAAUCCAGGGGGGAGGAGUAUAAAAGUUUGAAUGCUUUUUCUUGAAAAAGAAAGUUUUCAAAGUUCUUAUCCCCCUGUCCCCCUCCUUUUAUUUCCGAUGGCAGAGUUUCUUUGUUUCCUUCAGUGCUUCAGCCACCUGGUUCCUAUGCAGGAUAUUCACCAAUUCCAGAGAAGACUCCCUUUUUGUUCUCCUGGAAGUUUGCCAAAUUAAUCCAAAUGCUAAAGACACUUGAAUAAUAAAUCCCUUUUUCCUUGGUUUUAUUUUCUGGGAAAUCUGCUGCUCACUGAGUAGGAAAUUUGAGGCAGCUUGUUGCUGGAAAACACUGGAGCCCAGAGAUGACAGCUUGACAGCCAGGUUAGGCCAGCACCAAAUGGAACCUCAGACCCGUUGGGUACUCGCUUUUGACCUCCACAGGAACCCUCAGAGUUCUGGUCAUCCCCAAGACCUUUUUGGGGUGCUCAUUGCCUACGGGCUGCCACCAAACCCCAAAAAGCAGCAGCCGGUUGGCUGAACCUGGCUUCCUUUCCCCCUCAGGGCAAACCAAGAAAUUCUUUCCCCCCCUUCAGUUCCUAAAAAUCUGGAGGACAGCUUCUGAAGUUUCUUCAUCUGAGAUAUUUGAAUAGAUGUGUCAGGAAUUUUAAAGCCAAUUACAUUAUCAUUUAUGAGUUGCUUCUCAUUAUAAUCCCAGAUGUGAAGCAUUCUUCGUAGUCCAUAACAAAAAUAAAGGCAGGAUGGUUGGGGCAAAAUAAUUAUCCACUCCUCACCUUUCUUUUCAUGUUUGUUUCAUCUUUUAUUUUUUUAGCCCACCAGCCCUAUUUUUACACAAAACAUUUGUGAAGCAUACAGGACCAUUGGAAAGACAAGUAAGUUAAAUACCUUGGUUAAUCAAGAGAUCUCAGGCAAUAUACAUUUUAAUACUAUAGAAUGAUCUUUUAAAAAGAAUAUCUAUUUACUGCUCACUAAUGGAUUUUAUAGGGACAUGGGUGGCGCUGUGGGUUAAACCACAGAGCCUAGGACUUGCUGAUCAGAAGGUCGGCAGUUCGAUUCCCCGUGAAGGGGUGAGCUCCUGUUGCUCGGUCCCUGCUCCUGCCAACCUAGCAAUUUGAAAGCACGUCAAAGUACAAGUAGAUAAAUAGGUACCGCUCCAGUGGGAAGGUAAACUGCGUUUCUGUGCGCUGCUCUGGUUCGCCAGAAGCGGCUUAGUCAUGCUGGCCACAUGUCCUGGAAGCUGUCUGCGGACAAACGCCAGCUCCCUCGGCCAAUAAAGUGAGAUGAGAGCCGCAAUCCCAGAGUCGGUCACGACUGGACCUAAUGGUCAAGGGUCCCUUUACCUUUACUUAAUAGAUUUUAUUCCAUGUCCACUUAUCUGCAAAAGCUGUGCUACCUGCCUCAGUACUGAGUCAACAUGCCCUUGCUUAGUUUUCUAGUAGAUUUGACAGAAAGCUAUAAUCGAUAAAUGUGGGAGCAACCCUAACAUUGAGGGGAACUGAACAGGAAACAUACCAUAUUCUGCAGUCUAUUGUUUUUGGGUUUUUUUUAAAGUAAUUUUUAUUAAAGUUUUAAACAACAAAGAAAUAAAAGAAAAACAUGCACAAUACAUCUAACAAAAACACAAAAAAACAAAAAAACAAAAGCAAAAUUCAACAAUAAAAAUACAAGAAACAUAACAAUUUUAAAAAAAACAAUAUCUCUGUUUCAUUUCCGAUUUUUAGUUGCUUAUUUUCUGGACUUCCUCAUACCUCCCUCUUUUGUAUUCCAAUCCAAAUUAAUUGUCCAGCAGUUUCUUUUCCACUUUUUUAAUCCCAAUCUUUAAUUUAAUUAGAUAUUAAAAUAUAUAACUUCAACUUCUUAAAACCUAGUCCUUGGUCUUAAUAUCAUAUGCCAUUAAAAUUUUCCCUCUUAAUAUCAAAUUUCCAUUUCUUUGAACAUCUUUAAUCUUAAUCUUAAUCUUUAAUCUUAGUCUAUCAUUAACUUUAACCUGUACAGCUGGAAACCUCUUGUUUUCAGUCCAACAUCACUCUAACAUUCCUCAUAUUCUGCAGUCUAUUGUACACAACUUAUGACUGAUUGCAAAGAGCUGAGAAGAGCUGACUGAAUAUCUUGUACAGUGGUACCUCAGGUUAAGUACUUAAUUGGUUCCGGAAGUCUGUACUUAACCUGAAGUGUUCUUAACCUGAAGCAGACUUUCCCAUUGAAAGUAAUGGAAAGUGGAUUGAUCCGUUCCAGAUGAUGGAUUUUAGUAUUUUAGAUGAAAAAAAUUAAAAUUUAUUUCCAAACUCACUGUUUGGAGGGGGCUCAGGGUCCUCUUCCACAAUCACAAUCAGCUUGGCUUCCAGCAUUUGUGGAGGCCUCAGAGAGCUCCUGCGGCUGGAGCCCAGUCGCAGAGCCUCUGCAGCCACCAUGGAUGUCGGGGCUUGGCUUCCGGCAUUUGUGGAGUUCUGCAGGAACUGUGGAUGUCAGGGCUUGGCUCCUGGCAUUCGCAGAGCUGCUCUAGGCACUGCAUGUCGGGGCUUGAUUCCCCCCAUUCACGGAGCCGCUCUUCGCAUCACAGAUGUCGGGGCUUGGUUCCCUGCAUUCACGGAGGCCUCUGAGAGCUCCGUAGGCCCCGCCGAUGUCUGGGUUUGCCUCCGAGAGGCAAGUCCUCCGAGAGCUUGGACAACUUACUUCCAGGUUACAAUCGUUCGUAACCCGAAGAAACGUAAGUUGAAGCGCUCGUAACCCGAGGUACCACUGUAUCUCUUUUCCCAAGCACUCAUAUUAUUUAACUCUUCCUCUCUUCCUAUUUAUUGCAAUUGCUAAACCCUGAGAAUGUCAACUAACUUCAGAUUUGAUAUGGUGUCGCUCUCCUUCAGAAUCUUCUUCCAUUUCAUACACAGGGCUGACAAAAUGGCUGUAUGAGAAAACUCAAUGUAUGGUGCGUCCCAUUUACGGAGGGUUUCCAGUGAAAUUGAGGACAUUUAUUGGAGAACCCAUCCCAUAUGAUCCAAAUAUAACAGCUGUAGAGCUGGCUAAAAGAGUAAGUUAACUCUAAACUUGGAAGUUUAAAAGCAGAAUAUUUCUUUUCCUCUUGGUUUUUCUCUCUUUCAGCUCUAAAUCUUAUUGUACAUAUUGAUUUCCUCAUUCUAUAUGACCUGAUAUAGGGUUCAUUAUAUAUACUUUUGUGCAUUAUGCCCAUCACUCAAUUUUCCCUCUCCUUAACUUGUUGAGACUAAUUACCGUAUUUUUUGCUCUAUAAGACUCACUUUUUCCCUCCUAAAAAGUAAGGGGAAAUGUGAGUGCGUCUUAUGGAGCGAAUGCAGGCUGCGCAGCUAUCCCAGAAGCCAGAACAGCAAGAGGGAUUGCUGCUUUCACUGCGCAGCGAUCCCUCUUGCUGUUCUGGCUUCUGAGAUUCAGAAUAUUUUUUUUCUUGUUUUCCUCCUCCAAAAACUGGGAGCGUCUUGUGGUCUGGUGCGUCUUAUAGAGCGAAAAAUACGGUAAAUGGGGGGAAAACUAUGCGGUACAAAGAGAGAUCUGCUCAUGCAAUGGGACUUCUUCUUCCCACUAUAUUAGGGUUGAGCAUACAAAAUACAUUCUGGAGGUUUAUAUCAAUAAUCAAAUAAUAGAUCUUAUUCUAAUUGCUCCUGAUGAAAAUUUUGGUCAAUUGCAUAAAAAGUUGUUGAGCUGAGCUUCUUUGGGGCCAUUGGUCAGAAAGUUGAGAUUUUUUGGGGGGGAGGUUGCCCUCUCCCCACCCCAGCUGCCCACAUGCGCAAAACAGAACCAGAGCCACUCACGUAGGAGCCCGAAACAGCUCACACACAAAUUUACCCCCCCAACUCGGAUAUUUCCUUAAAAUUGAAAAAAGAAACCCCCCAGAUGGCGCCAGAAGGACACGUCUGGGAUUUCCCAAACAUAUGGCAACCCUACACUAUGGGCCCCAGAAUCUGCCUCAGAAGGUACCUCCAUGCCACCCUAGUGCUAAUUUUUGAAGAGGAAGACAAUUUAUUGUAAACGUUGAUAUGUAUUCCAUGUACACACUGAUGCGUGUUUAAGAGAGCAUUGGAUACAGCGUUGUUAAACAGUGCCAUGAUUCCUGCCCAACUACCAAGCUAUCAAAUCUGAACCUGCAACACAUAUAUUGUAAUUUGUUAUUACUCGUGCAUCAGCAAGCUCCUAAAUGAGAUGCCGUUUCACUGAAGACAAGGUCAAACACAGAUACCAUUUGUAUGGUAUUACAUUGCAUGACUUAUUCCACCUGCUCCUGCAGGGGAUGUUACACUUCCCCCCUUUCUCCAGGAAAACAUGGGAAUCUGAAUCCCAAAGGGAGGGGGCUAAGGGGAGGAGCAUGUAGGGUCCUGGUGGCUGAUGGGAACGGGGUUGGAACAUUGUUUAGUAUGCCUGGUCCUUCUCCAAGCACUUUCUCCUUGUUUUCUUGCUGCAUCAAGUUUCAGGUUUUGAUUGCCUGUUUAAAGGGGCAGAUAAGAAAUUUCUUUCUGCAAGGGGUUAUGCCUUGGUUGUCCUGAGGUUCGCUCCUUUUAUCCUACAUUGUAACAACCAUGCAAGGUAACUACUGUGUACAAAGCAGGCCAAGGCACAUAUGUUUGAUUGUUUCUUUGCCAUUCUCAUACAGUGCUCUUGGUAAACAUAAAGAGAGUGGGCUGGAUUCACUGAGAGAUGAGCAGUUUCCUAGUGGGGGGUUCCUCACCCAAGCUGCUCUGGCCCAAACCUCCAUGUUGAAGAAGCCACUUUUGAGGGUUGAGAGACAAGGACUGGCUUCUAUAGCUGGAAUAAAUGGGUUGCCUCUGGUUCUGAUCCCUUUAGCUUUUCCCUCACUCAUAUUAAUAACAGUGAACACCUAUUUUGCAAUCUAUUCCUAUAACACAAUGUAUUCCUCUGGUUUUCUUUCAACAGGCGAAGAUUGCACUUGAAAAUCUUCGGGAUAAACACCAAAAAAGGCCAGGAAAUAUAUUAGGAGCUCUUUCAGAAUGA